AGUGCACUGAAAGAAAACAACAAAAAUGUUCAAGAUAUUUCUAAAAUUUUGCAUUUGCAUUUCGAUUGGUUGUCAUUCGGUUUUCGUACCCGAAUUCGAAAGAUUUGAUUUACAAGAUGUCAUUAAAAGUGUUUUCGAAGUAAAUUACAAUAAUCUUAAACAGAAAUAUCUAACAGAAAUCAAGAACCUAAAAGGAGCCAAAUUUUCUCAAAACUCCGAAAAGGAUUGUAAUGUUACGGAAAAAAUUCAGCUUCUGAAUAGGGCGUUUACGCGGAAAGCAGAAGAUAUAAAAGAUCUGCAUAAGCAAGUAAUAAAAAUGUUCGAUCGACGCUACCACACGAAAAGUAUCGAUUCUAUCGUUGAGUAUUUUGAAGAAGCUUUUUCUGAUUUCUGCAACUUCAUAAAAGGUGCCGAUUGGACUGCAAUUUUUCAUCCGUUGAAUAAUUCUUCACAUCGCACACAUGAGAAAGGUUUUGGUGUAAUACCUGCAGGCUUGAAUUCAACUUCUUCGUCGCCAGCAAAUACAUACAACGAUACCGAAAGUAUAAAUUACAUUAAUUGAGUAAAGUCAUGCGUGUUUUUCAUAAAAUGUUUUUUUACUUGAAAACUGAUGUUGCAUAUAAAUAUCUUUUAUUUAAAAUAAAACAUGAAUCGGACUUGACACAAUUAUAUAGGAAAAUGUUGUUCAUAAAUAUAUUGAAUUUGAUUUAGCCGAAUAUAUUCAUGGGGCACAAAAAUUUAGGAGACAUAUGAAAGUGCAACACACUGAGCAUUUAGUUGAUGAUUUAGGUGAGCUAACAAUAGCUCAAAUUGCCAAUAUAAUCGAGAGGAGAAUAAUUAAUUUAGUUUAUUUAAUUUAUUUACUGAAAAUACACAAAAGGUUCAGAGUGUAUUUAUAAGCUCAACACACAAACAAAAACCUUGCCAAAGUACAUUUCUUAUAUGCAAACAAGCAGAGCGUUUGAAAAUUCAAUUGCUGCGAAGAUCGAUUAAUUUUAAUGUUUAUCACGAAAUUUUGAACGGUUUAAAUGCUGAAGAUCUUUAUAACCAAACUGAUUUUUCAAGUCAUAGUGUGAUCACAAAAUAUAUCCAAUCCGGUUUGUGGUUGAAGAAUAGAUCAAGAUAGAAGGAACAUACAUUGAAAAGAUGGCAACGUUCAAAUGUCAUAGUAAACAAAUG